CUUCUUCUGCCAGAAUCUCACCAAAGACACAUACCCCAGUUUCUCUAUCCCUGAUCUGUGCCUCUGGGUGUACAUAUUGGGGAUGGCUAUCCUAGCCAGCCUGCCCCACGAGAUACUGCACGCUAUCUUCAGCGGGGUCAAGAUCACGGACCUUGCAUCGCUGAGGCUCACCUGUCACGCAUUCCACGAACUCAUAUCUGGCAACCGGAUCCUCUUCAAAGACGUUUAUCUUCAAAUCCUGGAUGAGCCUCCGCGCGUCAAGAAGAAUGGGGAAGAUUGGGCGUGGGAGAUAGAGCUGCAGAGGCUGGUCAAGUUGGAGAGGAUCAUUGGAUUUGAUACUGUUGAUGCCAAGAAGCCUCACGUACAAUUCGUCAGAGAUGUUGUUGGAAGCUAUACCGAAACGGCUGACGCCCGGAACUCGAAGAACAUUGCUCUGAUAUCUAAGUUCUUUCGAGACCCCCGCGACCAAGUGGCUUUCCUGUACCAAUCCCGUAUUUGGGCCAGAGCGAGACAGGCUGUAGUACCCAUCACUCCAACGCCCCCUUUCGAAGAUGGCCAAGCGAGUGCCCAGCUCCACUGUCUGUAUGGCGUCCCUGUGCCCCGACAUAUGGGGUUCAUCAGACACUUACCCUAUGCCCGUUCCAUUGUCUAUGAUCUCCGCAACCACUCGGAUGCCAGCCUUUGGGGCCCGUAUCGUGAUGAUCCCGUCCUGACAGUGGAUUGGGAGAAAAUGGAGGCGAUUAUGAUGAUACUGGCGCAUAGCCUGAGGCUGUUUACAGAUCGCACAAAAGGAAGGUUCAAACCGGUGUGGAAUGUUCCUUUCAAAGGAGUGUCGCCAGACAGCUUUGUGCCGAUCUCGUUGAAAAGGUAUCAACAGCCUGCCCCGCCUGUUGAUGCUCGGGACCCGUAUAACAUCUCGGGGACUUGGUUUCGCGUGGUAUGUUUCCUCGACUACCAAGAGCUGUUCCGUUACAACUUUGCCGACGAUGAUCCUGGACCUGGGGUUCCUCGUCCACCCCUAGACACCACCGAAGCAGUCCGCCUCAUUACCAUGGAGCUCCACGUAACCGACAUCGAAGAACCAGGUGCGGAUGACGACCAAGGGAUGCCUGUUGUGUCUUUUAAGGGGAAAUCAAAAGCGAUGCACACGACCUUUGAUCCUGAUGCGACUUCAUUCGUUCGUGGCACAGUACGAACGACUAAGAAGGGUGACGUGAGGUGGACAACGUUUUCCGUCUAUGUUGGUGAGACACGUUGGUCCAGCGAAGGAGUACAGGUGGGCGGUGUUCGUUCCUCGAGAGGUGUCCUUGGAUUCUGGUCUGAUAUAAGACGAAACCGAGAGGGUCCUGCCGGCCCAACGGCUUUCUGGAAAGUCUCGAAUGAGUUCAGCGAGGAAUUGUCGAAGGAUCAUCAUCUUCAUCUUCAUCAACACCAGCAUCAGCAUUAUCUGCAUCAUCAGCAUCAUCACCACCACCAUAAUCAUGCUCAUCAUGGUCAUAACGAGACUGGCGCUGAGAGUAAUGGGGAUGAGCAUAGUGAGGAGCAAGAUUAGGGUAGGGAAGUUGCUAUGCCGCAGGAAUAUCAUUGAGGGCUUAGAAGCGAAGAAGCAUGAAGAUACGACAUUCAAUGGAGUUUUAGGUCUUUCUAUCAUGGGGAUGGAUAGGAUAGCCAUGGUUUCUAAGUAGGCUAGGAAAGCAGGGCGUUGGGUGGAAAUUGGUAGGGAGGGUCAGGAAGUUAAUAUACUAUGGGUAACCAACUCCCGUCUAUGGAUUUAAUAGCUGAGUUAGCAGGUCAGUCAGGCUUGAUUUCAGGGACGACCGCUUGCUUCCUCGUUCAAUCAAUCAAAG